GGUGUGUAUUCAAAACACGUGAGCAGAGCUGGUUAGGAGCAGGUUUCCGUUCCUAACUUGCGGCAGCAAGCGACCUUCCCUCCUCCCAGGAUCUGUUUACCAACAACCUCAUUAAGCACGGUUCGCCGCUGCACAGCUCCACAUUCCGAAGAGCUGAACCUGCAGCCCGUCCUCCCAAGCCUGCAGCUGCCUGGCCGGCCCCACCCCGUCCCGCUGGGGCAGGGUAGGCCCGGGCCGGGACCUGGGCCUGGAAGAAGAGUGGUGAGGCGAUGAGACUGGAGGAUGUUUUUUGGUUUCGGAACAUUUUGUUUACUGACCUUUCGGAGCAGGGGGACAAGAAAGGAUCCGAGCCCUACGUCCCUUGUCCCCAGACCUUGUAGCCAGACCAGGAGCCAAAAGGAAAGUGUCAGUGUGGGCUCAGUCCCUGCACCUGUCUUGCCUCCUUACUCCUGAACCUUUCUCCCUCUCCUCAACUGCCUCUGCCCAACUCCGCUUCAGAACCGAUUCACCCAAGCUUUUCCUCAUCCGGCUCCAGGAGUCUCAAACUGUCUUCUCGGAGUGAGAAGCCUCUGACCUCCUCAGACUCCUGGGUUUCCCCAUUCUCCAAGGGAACUUAAUGAUCUUUCAGCAUCUCCCUCUCAAUACCCAGGAUCCCGUACACAGAUUCCACCUUACAACUUUCCUGAGGUGAAUUAUUCCAAAGGAUUGCUGGGGGGCGUGUCUAGAAGGGGCUCCGUGACGUCCUUCAGCGUUUUAGCCAAUCCUGGACGCAGGGUGGGUGCCCCACCCCACCCCCGGCGCCCGAGAAUCUUAGCCUGUGGAGUAGUGGAGGGAAAGGGAGGGGGCUCGACGAACUGGGAUGGGGGGAGGGUUAAAGUUGCGGGGUGGGGGCCUAGGCCCCUCUCCCACCCCCUCCCCCUGGUUCACGUUCUCUGCGGGAGGCGGCGUGGGGAGAGACUUUCCCCGAGAUUUUAAGUUCGGGGGUGGGGGGAAGGCUCAUCGGAACCCAAGUAUUCUGGGCUCGGGGAAGGGAGAGCGGCGCAAGGCCAGGAUAGAAGGAGGAAGUGGAAGAAGGUGUUGGCCAGGCCAUGGGUCUAAAAGAUGCCAGGAAUUUUUAGGCCCAAGGUCACUGUAACCAUGACCUCUUUGCCCACCACCCUCCCGGGACCCGAUGUCCCUAAAGCUUCCUUCCAGAACUACUCUCCUGUUCCUCCGCCCGCACACUCCCUUUCCUCGUACCCCCGGGGUCUGCAGCCCUCAUCCCCUGAGCCCCCCGAGGGGCCCUACCCCGGAGCUCCGCAGCCGUACGGCUUCGCGGUAGGUUACCCCUAUGUCAGCCCCACAGCCCCCAGCGGCCCCCACCUGCCUUACCAGCAGCCCGGGACCGCCUCGCUGCAUCUCCGUAGCCCUGCAGUGAAUCUGCAGGCGGUGGCAGACCUGGAGAAGCCACUUGGGUUAUCACAACCAGAAGGACUCCAGCUGAAUACCAGGACCAAGAAGCUUCGAAAGCCAAGAACCAUCUAUUCCAGCCUCCAGCUUCAACAUCUGAACCAACGUUUCCAGCACACACAGUAUCUGGCCCUUCCGGAGAGGGCUCAGCUAGCUGCCCAGCUAGGCCUAACUCAAACUCAGGUGAAGAUCUGGUUUCAGAACAAACGUUCAAAAUAUAAGAAAAUCAUGAAACAGGGGUCCAACAUUCAAGAUGGGGAGCUUCUGGGGGCCCUCCCAGCCCUGUCCCCAUCCCUUCCCUCACUAUGGGAUAUGCCUAGGACAUUGCCUACUGGGGGUUAUGUCGGCAACUUUGGGAUCUGGUACCAGCAACAACAUUCCCAAGAUGUUCAGGCAGCACCCCAAAUUAUGUGAGUCUGAUAAGAGUUGGAUACUCCAUGCCUCCCAUAAGACUCUGGACCCAGCUCAUGAGUUCCCUUCUAGGGAGGGGAAGGAAAACAGCUCCAGAUAGGUUUUAGGGGAGGAAUAGUGGCUGGAGGAGAGAGGGAGAUUUGGAAUGAAAAUGGAGACAUUUUAACUCACCCUCACCACACAACAGCCUCCCUUCCCCAAACAGAUUUGAAGCUGAACACCAUCCCCUUCCCUCUCCAGUUGGUUGGGUCACCUCCUUCCAAGUGGACAGACAAAUGCCUAGGAGAGAACCUAACAUGAUGGAGGCUGGUUUAUUAUGUUGUGGGUGGGGGGAGGGAGAAGAUCCUCUUGAAUGUCAUUGGGGCAGAGCUGAACUCCUUUCUCCAGGCUCCUCCUUGCCUCCCCCAUGCUAAUUAUAUGACCAAAGGCUAGUCACUUGUCUAGUCCAUUUUUCUCUUUGGAAGAACUACCGUAACCCCAAACUUGAGAGUGAAGUUGGGGAGAUACUUUUCAGUAACUAUUCUCCAUUCCCACUCCCCCUUGCCAAUUUUAUUUCCCCUGUUUUGGGCAGUGAGAUGGGGAAGAAGAAGACAGUUAACACUCACUUUCAAUCCUAAAAAAUGACAAGAAACUCAUAAUGGUCUCCAUGGUCUAAAAAUUUCAAAGAAAUGGGAAGUAGGUUCUUGGGGCAGGAGGAGGAAUUCAGGAUCAGAUUAUCUUAACAAUUACAACAAUUCUUUACCAGCCUCCAAGAAACAGUUUGAAGAACUUAAACCUUGUAGGCCUAAGAAAUGGAAGAUUCAUUCAUUGCCUCUAUAAGCCCUUCUCCCUUCUAAGUAAGCAUCUACACAUUUCAAGUGCAGAAUGGGGCUAAUUAUCUAGAUAAUUUAACAAGUAUUUAUUAAGCACUUACCUUCCUACCUACUCCCUCAAAAAUAAAACUGUCCACAAAAUAUUAAGUCCACAUCAUUAGGUCCAAAAAUCAGGAUAAAGCUAGACU